CCCUGACACAGUCAUUCAUAAGUAUACCAUAUGUCACCUUCAAAAGGGAAAUGGGGAUCACAUUCUUCAGAAAGCUCAGAGGAACUCAGGACUGCCUUCAAAUCCUUGCAAAUGAGGCUGGAAGCCAUUGAGGAAGUCAUCCAGACCUGUGACCAAACCACAGACAAGAUCAAAUGCCAAUCAGAGUGCACAGCAAUUGUUAUAAGGGAGGAGUUUGAGAAGCUUCACCAGUUUCUGCGAGAUGAAGAGGAGGCCAGGCUGUCUGCAGUGAUAGAAGAGGAGAAACAGAAGACAGAGUUGGUGAAGAGGACGCCUGAAGCUUUGGAAAACAGUAAAAUGUGUCUUUCAAACACAAUCAGGGCCAUGGAAAAGGAUAUGGGAGCUGAGGACAUCACAUUGUUGCAGAACUACAAGGACAUUAAGAACAGGAGUGCUACCACGCAGAGCCAGGGCAUUCACCACACUGUCACCGACAGCCAAACUGCUACCGCCAAUGCACCAGUGCCCAGCCGAAAUGUUCCAGAAAAGCGAGAUCGUUUCAGUCCAGGUCCCUCGCCCUUGCAACGUACCCAGACUGUCUCCCGGUCCUUUGGUCGCCCUCUGCAGGAGAAUUCUGGUACUGCAAGGAGUGCAGCAUCUCAGCGGCGGGACAAUCGGCCUCCUGUUCCCAUGCGACCAAAUCACCCUAACAGGCCAGCACCUCAACAGCUGAUUCAGGAACUCAACAACCUAUUCAGCCUGCCUCCAACACAACGUGAGCCCACCUCAAUACUUCCUGCCUCAUCACGGCAACACCAGCGGGAGGAUCCUGGAACCUUGAGGAAUGCUAUCACUCAGCGUGAGGUCACCCAGCAACCUGCGGCCGAGAUCCCUGCUCAGGACGACGCACCUGCACCUGUCCGGAGCGUUCAGGAGCUUCAAGCCCUUUUCAGCGCACCUGAUGACCACGCCUACACUCCCCCACCCCACACCCGUCAGCACCUGUAAGAAAGAAGGUACGGACAGCUGGGGGCACUGCACUGUAGAGUUCUAGCACCUCUGUGGAGGAUCAUCUCUGUUCCAAAAACUCAGCCAAAAAAGCCACAGCUAAGACAUGAGAAAAUGCAUCAAUGCCAUUACGCUAAACGUCUUUAGCACAAGACAAAUACCACCAUUGGCUACAUUUUUAACUGCAAAAGGUGGGCCCUGAUUUGUCCUGAAUUUCUUCACAAUAAUUAUACUUUGUUGUUUGAAAUAAGAAAAUAAAGAAA